AUGUCAUCUCGAGAGUCAGAUAGGAUCUCAUCUGCACAGCAGACAUUGGACAUCUUGCACGACAUCUCGCAGUUACUAAACACACAGCUCGACAAAGAAACUCUUGCGACUUGUGUCGGCAUGAUCGAGAGUGGCGUGAAUCCAGAGGCUUUGGCGGCAGUGAUCCAAGAAUUACGCAGAGAAAGCCAAGCACUGAACGCUCCUCGAAACACAAACGGCAGAUGA